UGCUUCUGAUUUUCUUGCAUGAGCUUCUACUGUCGGUAGAUGUCGCUGCCUCUCCUCCUCUCAGCUAAGUGUGUCAGCGUUACCGGGGGACAGGACAGGCGCAUGUUUCCCUGCCUCUCGUGUUUUCCCUCAUUCUGCUCUCCGCUAUUCAAACCUCUGAGAGGGAAACCACACAGUCCCAGUCUGAACUCCACUCUCCCCACGCCGGUCGAUCGCCAAAGUACUGGAAAAUACCCCCGGGGAGCCACCUUUUUUCUUCUACUUUUUUUUUUUAAUCUUUUUUUCCUCCCUGCUUAUAAGCACCGGGAUACAGAACUGCAGCAGAGUGGCCGUGCUGGUUCCAGAGAUGUCCUGCAUGCGGAAUAUGAGCACCUUCUCUCCCCACUGUGACCUGUAAUCAAUGGCAACCUCGGUCCAGACUCUUCCUUUGACUCGUGGCCCCAGCAAAAACUUCCGCGACCCCUGCCCAGCCCCGCCCCUGUCCCCGCGUUGCGGCAUGGGAAGUGUAGGCAGUCUGGUGGAGAGGCCGGAUGUUUCUCCGACUAAAGGCAACCGAGCAGUGCCCCAGGUGAGACCGAAACACAGCAACGGGCUCUUGAAGAAAGGCUUCACCCAGAGAGAGCUGCUCAACUACCUCAACAUCAACAGAAAAGAGCCUAAAGCGAGCCCGAGCAACGACGGCAAGAAGGAUAUUAUCCCGGGCCUCAGCGCUGUCAGUGCACGGGAGGAGGAUAACGUUUAUGCUAAGGUUUACCAUAAGGAUGGCACUGAGGUAGAUCUUACAAAGAACUCACUGCCAAGCGCGGGCAAGUACGAAAAGGCACGUUUGAGGUCUUCGGCCUUUAAGCCUGUGACCCCCAAGAAUUUUAGCUCAAUGCAAAACCUCUACCCGUCUUCCAAAUCAGAGGACGUGGAUCAUGGCCUCUCUAACGGCUUGCACAGAGCGUACGCCCAUGUUCCCAAAGCAGUCUCCACCUCGUCUUCUUCUUCCUCACCGUCACGUCACGGAGGACCGACGUCAGCCGGCAACAAGGCCCUCUCCUCGGUGUGUGGGAUGGGCCAGGAAGAUGACAACCUGUCAGACUCGGGCCAUAACUCCAUGAGCAGCCUGCCGCCGUACCGACCUCCCUUCCGCCCACACCUGUCUCACAUCAGUGCAUCUAUGGGCCACAUCAAUACCAUCGGCUCCCUGGACCGCACCUCUCUGGGAAUGAAGGCUGUGGGGUCAGGGGGCGUGCCUAUUGGGGAGAUGGCAUGUCGAAGCAUGGCUACUCUGAGCCGUAUUGCUCCAUAUAGCGCGGAGGCUCCACCUCCUUAUGAAUGGACGCUCUCCCUGUCUGUGGAGGAGGUGGUGCGGGAUCUGGAGGAGCGCCUGGUGGAGAAAGAGCAUGAACUCAAGCAAAUGAAGAGAAACCUGGAUGAGAGCGAGGGCGCCAUCGCACAGGUGUUUGAAGGGAAGCAGCGUCUGUGGGAGAAGGAGGUGGAGGAGCUGAAGCGCCUGUAUGCUGCUAAACUGCGUCAGGUUUCCCAGCAUGCCCAGCGUUCCCAGCGCAGCCUGCAGUUGCAGCUGUUUAAGGUCCAGCAGGAGAAGAACCGGCUGCAAGAGGAGCUCGACGGUAUGAGAAAGGAAAUGUGCCGGGAGGCUGGAGCAGUGCCCAGGCAAACCAGUCCGACUCUGGAGGAGACACAAUGGGAGGUUUGCCAGAAGUCGGGGGAGAUCUCCUUGUUGAAGCAGCAGCUGAGGGACUCCCAGGCAGAGGUAACUCAGAAGCUGAGUGAGAUCUUCCAGGUGAAGACAGAGCUCAGGGAGACGCGAACAGAGCUGCGCAACAGGGAACGCCAGAUAGAUGCUUUAAAGCUUGUCCUGCAGGGGACACAGCGUCACAGACGACCUUCUCAGGCCGCACACGAAGACGAAAAAGAAGCUGAAGAGAAUCCAUCUGCUCGGGCGAUAGGAGGGUGCGGGGGCCCCACAGAGGAGCGUCUGCGCGCAGAACUGCUGCUGGAGCGACGCCAGAGCGAGGCCCAGGCCAUGGCUUUCGAGGAAGAGAGGCACACGUGGCAGAUGGAAAAGGACAAGGUCAUCCGCUACCAGAAGGAGCUGCAGGCCAGCUACUUAGACAUGUACCACCGCAACGAAGCGCUCGAAAGGGAAGCGCAACAGCUGAGGGCAAGCAGAGAGCAACAAGGUGGAGGAGCAGGCGGAGGAAGCGGAGAUGGCACUUUGGAAAAAGAAGCGCCAGAGCUUAGGAAAGAGAGAGCAGGUGACAAACAAGAGGACACACCUUCCCCUGGUCUGCCGUGGAUAGAGCGGAUCGAAUCAUCGGAAAUUUGACUGUGACCUACUUGUUUGCAAUGCAAAGUGUGUCUAUGGAAGACCAUAUCUACCAGGACAAGGGAAAAAAAAUCUAAUGAAUUGAUGUUGCUGUAAAGAAUUGUGAGAUAACAAGCAAAUAUUUACUGAUGAUGAUAAUAAUAAUAAUAAUAAU